GAGGAGGAGGAGGGAAAGGGGUGAAAGGGGAAAAAAAAAAAAAGAGAGAGCGAGAGGUUGAAAGGAGGGAGCUCGCCGAGACCCACCCUUCUCCCUCCUCCUCCUCCUCCUCCUCCGGGCUGCUGGCCGGGCUUUUGUUUUCCUCCAGCUCCCCGUUUCCCACACGUGAUUGCCGUGUUAUUGCACAGGGCGCUCGGCGGCGCGGCUGCACCUAUAAAUACGGAGCGGGCGGGCGGCGGGGGCCCGGGGCAGCCGGGCGAAGAGAAGCCCCCCGCCACCCCCAUGCACCCCGGUGGACCGACGGCACCCAUGCCCCGCCGCCCGCCCGCCUAAGGGGGAGGCAGCCACAGGCAGCGCCCGGCCAGCGGGGAGGGGAGGGGGGAGCCGGCUGACAAUGGCGGCGGCCGCCACCGCCGCCAGCCCCGGCAGUCCCGCCGCCGCCGGGCCCCUGCCGCCGCCGGAGCCCUGCCCCAGGAAGGGGCCGCAGUCGCCGCCGCCGGGGCCGCCGCAGCCGCCGCCGGUGCGCAGCGACCCCCGCCGCAGGCAGGCCGCGCUCUCCUUCCUCACCAGCAUCUCCCUCGACGGGCGGCCCCCGCCGCCGGGCAACGACGGCCCCGCCGCCAGGCCCCGCCAGGCCCCGCCGCCUCCGCCGCCGCCGCGGCUGGGCAGCCCCCCGGCGGCGCCCGCCGAACCCCCCCGGGCCCCGGAGGAGGAGGAAGAGGAGGAGGAGGAGGACGCCUUCGCCGCGGUGCAGGUGCCGGCCGCCGCCUUCCUGGGCGCCGCGGCGGCGGGCAGCCGCGGCCGCCUCAACUCCUUCACGGCGGGGGUGCUGCCGGCGCCCUUCGGCCGCGCCAGCCCCCAGGGCCCCGCCGGCGGCAGCGGAGAGCUGGGGCAGCCCGGCCCCGCCGCCGCCUUCGAGCUGCAGCGGUCCCGACGUCGUCUGAUCUCUCAGCGAUCUUCUCUGGAGACUCUGGAGGACAUCGAGGAAAAUGCCCCACUGCGGAGAUGUCGGACACUCUCAGGAUCACCCAGACCAAAGAACUUUAAGAAGGUUCAUUUUAUCAAGAACAUGCGGCAACACGAUACCAGAAACGGCAGAAUAGUGCUUAUCAGCAGCAGAAGAUCCUUCUGUAGCAUAUUUUCAGUGCUGCCAUAUCGAGACUGUACCCAAGUCGGGGAUAUGAAGCUGGAAGGUGGACGCCAGUGCCAUUCUACCGGAGUGUGUCUCAAAGAGAUAAUUGGUCUUGAAGGUGUGGAGCUCGGAGCGGAUGGGAAGACGGUUUCUUAUACACAGUUCCUAUUUCCCACCAACGCUCUGGGAACUCGGAGGAACACAAUAGACUCCACCUCAUCCUUCUCCCAAUUUCGCAAUGCAAGCCAUCGUAGCCUUUCUUUGGCAAGAGCUAACAGCACCCAGGGGAGCAUUGAUGCAGGUAGUGACCUUGGAGACUUUGUUGAAUACGACCCAAAUCUUUUAGAUGAUCCCCAAUGGCCGUGUGGAAAACAUAAGCGGGUUUUAAUAUUUCCUUCAUAUAUGACCACAGUCAUAGACUACGUGAAGCCAUCAGAUCUCAAGAAGGACAUGAACGAGACCUUUAAGGAGAAGUUCCCUCACAUCAAGUUAACGCUCAGUAAAAUAAGAAGCUUGAAGAGAGAAAUGCGCAAGCUUGCUCAAGAAGAAUGUGGUUUUGAAGAGCCUACAGUGGCCAUGGCCUUUGUCUACUUUGAGAAGCUCGCUCUCAAGGGGAAGCUGAACAAGCAGAAUAGAAAGCUUUGUGCUGGAGCCUGUGUUCUUUUAGCAGCCAAAAUUGGCAGUGACCUCAGAAAACAUGAAGUCAAGCAUCUUAUAGAUAAACUGGAAGAGAAGUUCCGGCUGAACAGGCGUGAGCUGAUCGCCUUCGAGUUCCCGGUGCUGGUGGCCUUGGAGUUUGCUCUCCACCUUCCCGAGCACGAAGUGAUGCCGCACUACAGACGCUUGGUGCAGAACUCCUAGCACUGGCUGCCCUGCGGGGAAGGGGCUCCCGACUGUUCCCACUUGGCUCUCCUGAGCCGCAGUUACUACUGGAAAUGCAAAAUCAGACUCCUAACACUUCACUCUCUCUCUCUCUCCCCAAAACAGUUUUUCCGGCAACGUAUAGGAAACACCGCAUCGACGUAAAGACUCUCAGCUUUGACAAAUUUACCUGUCGUUACUUUCUGAAAGCAGGUGAGGACCGAGCUGUUGGUAAAUGGUUAACGUGCUGAAACUGGGUGGCGACUGACCCUACCUGUGGGGACUACAGCUAUAAAAGUAGGCAAAAAUUUGAAGGGCAGCCUCCGUGACCACCCCUCCCUCCAUCACACAAACCCUGGAAGCCCACGCGAGUGCAUUCUCAUAGCGCUUUUUCUACAGACCUGCUGCAACUUCCGAGAGGACUUCUUACCGUGAAAAAGCUUUUAAAGAGGAUAUCUUCACUGUGUCAAAAACAAAACAAAAAAAAAGAAUGUGCCAAUCUAUUUUUGUAUCAGCAAUUGAAAGUGCACUUUUUUCCUGUGGGGUGUUUGUGUGUGUAGCCGUGUGCGUGUGCGUGUGCGACACCGAACUGAUCUCAGUGCGGGUGGUUGGCUUAGCUGUUUCCGAGCGUAUCAGUUACCGAUGGCGAAGAUCAAGGUGACCUUACGUGUUUACUUCUUGACAAACAUAACUACUGGAAAAGUGGUAAACGGGAUCAUUUUUGGACACUUGGUUUGUUUUUUUUUUUAUUCUCUGAUCUUUCCAACAUUGUACUUUUGAAAGGAUUACACUACUACUACUACUACUACGAGAGAAGGAUCAGCAACUGACCUUGAGUUUUCAGUCAUGUUUGUGAUAAAGAUGAAAGCAUUCGUA